ACUCCUCCGUUGGCGUCACUGCGUCGCUGGCGACGCUCUUCGUGGCGUGUACGGCGAGAGUGUGCGUCGUCUCGUCGGCACGGGAGACGAUGAGCGGGCUGCGACGCGCACGGUGAUGAGACAGCGGCGGUUUUCACGCACCGAACGACCCUCCGCAGCGUAAUCCGUGCCUCCUCGCCCCGCGACCACGUACGGACUCGUCGGCAUGUCGGCACCUAGCGCGGAGGAGAAGGCGGAGGCCGUGGAGGAGAGUCAACACGCGAGCGAGACGGACACGCCUAGUGCCACCGCAGCGAAAUCAGAGACGGGUAAAAACACAGAUGCUGAGAGUUCUCAAAGUAGGAAAUCCAAAUUGUCGCCGGAUCACGAGCGGCCGUCCAAGGUAGCGAAGCGCGACAUCGAAGAAGAUGCGUCGUCCGCUAGCACGAGCGUUCCCUCGGACCUGACGACGUCCGGAAGUGGCGAAAAAGAUAAGGAUGCGACUGACGUAAACAGGUCCCUUGACAACACAGCCCUGGUAGCCGACCAUUACAACGCGCUUGAAGAGAAGGGCCUUUCACAGAGAAAUCAAAGUCGCAUCGUGUAUAUGAGGAAUUUCAACAACUGGAUUAAGAGCAUGCUCAUAAAUGAAUACGUGGUCAAGGUGAGACAAGGCAAGAGCUUCGGCGCCUCGCUCAGAGUAUUGGACAUGUGCUGCGGUAAGGGCGGAGACCUUCUCAAGUGGAAGAAGGCCAAUAUUUCACAUCUGAUCUGCGCGGAUAUAGCGCAGGUGUCGCUGGAACAGUGUCAGCAACGGUACAACGAUAUGGUGAACAGGAAAGGUUCCAAGGACAGAGGUUUUGCUCCAAUUUUUACCGCGGAGUUCAUAACAGCUGAUUGCACAAAGGUUCGUUUGAGGGAGAAGUUCGAGGAUCCCAGUAUGCAGCUGGACUUUGUUAGCUGCCAGUUCGCUUUCCAUUACAGCUUCGAGUCCCUGUCGCAGGCGGAGUGCAUGCUUCGGAACGCUAGCGAGAGCCUCAAGCCGGGCGGCUACUUCAUCGGAAGCAUUCCAGACGCGUAUGAUUUAGUUUCCAGGUGGCAAAAUUGCGACGGUAAUAAAUUCGGCAACAAUGUGUACAACGUUGAAUUUUUAUGCGAGGAUAAAACAAAGCCGCCGCUCUUUGGCGCAAAGUACAAUUUUCACCUGGACGGCGUGGUCGACUGUCCGGAAUUCCUGGUGUAUCUGCCGACUCUGUGCAAGUUGGCUCUAAAGUACGGCCUCGAAUUUGUGUCGUUCGAAAGAUUCGAAGAUUUCUUCGAGCGUUUCAAAGACGAGGGUAGAUCUCUUCUAGGAAAUAUGCAGGCACUAGAGACUUAUCCACCGUAUCACGAGUCACCUCUACUUGGCGACUCCGAGCGGGACUAUCAGCAUGCCGUUGAGUAUAUGCAGAAUCUACCCGCGAAUCACCGUAAGAUCGGUACUCUCUCGCAGGCAGAAUGGGAGGUUACUUCACUGUACGCGGUGUUUUCGUUUCGGAAAAUGAAGACCAUCUGGAACAGCGAGGGAAAACCGGAGUACGUUAAGUUAUAAAGUUUCGUAAGAUAAAGGAAAACUGCGAAAGCUGAAGCAAGGGGCGAUUUUUUAUUGACACUACUGAUUUUACAUUGUACAGAUGAUUUUAUUUGUACUGUAUCUAGCUUACGAUAGAAUUAUCCGUGUGAUACUAAUAGAGCCAUCGCUGCGUUUUAGAGACAAUCAUGUAAAAAUAUCACCAAAAAAAAGUACUAAAAGUUUACUUAUUGGAAAA